UUUUUUCAUACAAAUCGCGCGGUGCGGCAACAGUGCGGCGCCAGUACCGAGAACGCUCGACAACAGGACGGCAACGUCGCAAGCAUCACGUGUUCAUUCUAGUGUUGAAUAGUGCGGUGAAUAGACGUCAGAGCUCUUUAUAUCAAAUGUUUAUUUGCAUUUUUGCUAAAAAUGGAUAAUAUAAACGUGGAAGAUUUUAUAAAUGAGAUUGAAAUACGUCCUGCUAUCUGGAACUCCAAAAGUGACAAACACAGCAAUCGCACUGAAACAAAAAAUGCUUGGGAAGGCAUCUGUGAGAAAUUUGUGGAAGAUUUUAAAAAUAAAACUACUGGUGAAAAGAACUCUGCAGCAAUGGUACUUCAAAAAAAAUGGAGGCACAUAAGGGAUUCAUUCUCAAGAGAGUUGAAAAAACAACGAGAGUCAAAAAGUGGAUCUGCAGCAAAAAGACAUCGACAAUAUGUUUAUUUUGAUCGACUGCAAUUUUUGUCGGAACUAUAUGAAACAAAACCAGAUGAAAAAAAUAAACAGACUGGCGAUGGUGCUACUGCGUCGACACCGAAAACUACAACUAAAAGUUCAUCUGCUAACGACACAAAUGAAACUAACACGCUUUUAAAAAUACUCGCAGAAAGAUUACAAAACAAAAAAGAUGCAAGGGAACAGGCAGAUAUAGAACAAGAUAAAGUGGAUGAGCGACAGGUACAAGAUGAUGGAAUAAAUACUGACACUGAAAGCGACCUGUCUUUUAUUAAACCUCCGCCGUCCAAAAAGAAAAAAUCGACGGAUGAUAAAAUCGCAAUAUUUGAUGUCAUAAUGAAAGCUGAUUCUGGGUACUAUGAUUAUCAACCAAAUAUGCAAGUGUCAACGCAAGGUUAUACAACUUAUUCUCAAAGUGCUUCUACGUCCAGACCGCACAGUCAGGAAACACUAGUGUCGUCCGACAUCUUCGAAAGUACUGAGCCAGUAAAUGGAACUGUAAGCGCGAGGAUUGAGUACGCGCAGAUCGCGCGCCGCGCGCACGCCUUAUACGAGCCUUGCAUGAGUUGCGCUAAGGCGGCGCAACGAACCAUUGCAGUGACUGCAUGCGUGCAGCGCGAGUGCAGUUCGCGUACCGUUCGUGAGUUGCACAUUCGCGGCACAUUCGCCAGAUGUGGACGCACCCCAAGAGAAGAUGUAUCCGAAGAUGGGGAUAGAUAUUUUUUAUUGUCUUUGUUAAACGAUUUUAAAAGGAUCCCAGAAAGCCGUAAAAUGGAUGCUAAAUAUGACAUAAUUGGAAUUAUCCGAAAAUACGCGAUGCCACAAUCGUAUACACGAGAUUAUUACAACUUAGAUUCGGAAUCCGGCUCGACAGCGAGAUAUAACCUGCGGCACGGUAAGCGUGCGGCAGCGGUCCGACAAGAAACGCAUAAAUUGAAAGCGCCCUUAGAGCGCAUACAGACGAACGGCAUGGUGUCGACGGCAGGGUACCACCGCAGCCGUCGACGUGUCGGCGGCAGCAGUCAAUACGUCGACGGCUGCCGCCGAUAG